UUGGAUAUUUCUUAUAAAUCAGGUGUCUUUGUAGGGACAGGAUCUGAAGUGAUAAAACUAGACUUUCCCUCUCUGUCUUGAAUUUCUGCCAAAACAAUGAAACUUGGCAAUGACUGGUAACCCAGCGUAAACAGUAUAAAUAGAAGAACACUUUCUCCUCUGCACUUCAUUUAAAGUUUUCAAGGCAACAGAGUCCAGAAACCAAAAGAAACUUUAACAAAAGCAGCAAUGAAGUCCACAGCCGUCCUCUUUGUUGUUUUUCUCUUGUUUGCAGCUGUUGAAGGCUCCCCACUUUACAACAAGGGCCGUUGCCGCUGCAUUGGGGCCAGUGCUGACUUUAUACAUUUAAAACGCAUUGAAAAGUUUGAAGUGAUACCAGCAACCUCAAUGUGUCAACAGAUAGAGAUUGUUGUUACGAUGAAGGACACUGAAGAGGAGAGAUGCAUGAAUCCCAAGUCAAAGCAGGCACAAAAUAUCAUCAACUUGCUAAAGAAAAGGUCCCCACAGAAGUAAAGCCACCAAGGGAAUCCCAGACCAGUUCUGAUGUGACCCUCCCCACCUGUCCUUCAUGAAGCUCAUAGGCAUCCUCAGUCCCAGCCGCCAUGGUUACUGCUUCUCAAAAUGUUGAUAAUGAUUUAGGUACACAUUAUAAAACAAAUGUGACCAUUUUUUUAGAUUGUCUUUUGCCACAUAAUACCGCAGUAUGUGUUCAAUUACAACAAUUAAAUUGUAAGGUAUAUUGCCAUUUAAAUUACAUCAUUACCUAAUUAGAAUCUAGCAAAUGCCAGCAUUUUUGUGGUUACAAAUACAGCAUUAAGGCGCACUAAAGAAUCUGUUCAAAUAUGUGCUGAA